AUGCCACGUGGGAAGAGCGACCUCAUCCUCGAGGGCGUACUGAGGGUGGAGAAGUUCCUCCACGAGAUGAAGGCCACCAUCGUCAGUCCCGCCGCCUCCUCGUUCCACUUUUCACCGAAUCCGUCUCACGAUGGGGUCUUCAAGGGCGCGCCGCCGUUCACCGACAGUCGCCCGGCCGUGGUCUCGCCGGCUCUCCGCUCGGCCUCGCGCGGGUCCUUCUCCGGCUCGCCCCUGAACGAGAUCCACCACCCGCAGCGCACCCCCAUCUCCGAGCCGCUGUACCAGAACAACUACGAGAACGCCGUGCUGGACUCCAUGCACACGAGCACCACCGAGUCCAUCCUCCAAUGGCCGCACUUCGAGGCCUUCCCGAGCAUGAAGGAUGACUACGUCUCCAUCUUCCACCUCGAGCAGUCGCGGCCCGUGGUCAAGACACGCUCAACGGUCAUGUACCCUUACGUGACCGCCGAGGAGAUUGAUGGCAUCAUCGAGUCGUUCGAGCUCACCAUCAACUUCUGGUACCCGACCAUGUCCUGCGGUCAGCUCGCGCAAGUGCGGAAGCUGAUUUCAGAUGGGAUCCCUGAAGAAGACAGCAUCCUCGUAUGCCUGGCACUCCUGACGAUGGCACUCGGCUGUGCGGGUCAAGUAACUGCCGGCCUGACCACCGGGACGACGCUGAGCGAGGAGGAGCGGAAACGGAGGCUCGCCAGACGGGCUAUGGGCGACAUGUACUUUGACAGCGUGCUGAAGAAGCUGCAUGUCGUACACACUAAUGUGGGCAGCACUGCAACCCAUUGUCUCUUCUUUACAGCUAUGUACUUUGCCUUUCUCCGUCGGCCGCUACAGGCAUGGGAGUACAUCAAUGCAGCCUCCGCCAAGUGUCUCCUACUGCUGUCUUAUCCUCCGGAAUCAGAAUCAGAAGAAGACCAGGAACGCAUUCGCAGGAUCUUCUGGUCGUGCUACAUUCUGGAGAGCGACUACCUCGCGGAGCUCAAUGGCCUGCCCCAAUCAGGCAUUGCCCGCAUCGAAUCUUCCACGGCCCUGCCGGGCCAAUACAACACCCAUCGUGACAGCAAAGUCGAAGAGAAGUCUUCAUUGUACUUCCUCGCCUGCAUCUCCAUGCGCCGCCUCCUCAAUCGCGUCCACCAGCUCCUCUACGCACGCGACACCGGCACCGCCCUCGACCACACCCGCUUCCCCUAUGUUGUGGCCGAGCUGAACCACCAACUCGAUGAGUGGCGCGACGUCCUCCCGGCCGCCUUCAAGUUUGAGACGGUUCUGGUAGAUACGUGGAUCUGCUCGCUCUCGUAA